AUGGACCGGACGCCCAGCGAAGGAGAUCUCAGCCCUGGAAUUCGACUCUCGCGCACGGCCCACGCACUGGUCACGCUGUCUCGAGGCACGCCGCGCACACCAUCGGCAUCCUCUUCGACACCGCACGGUGUACUGGAUGUCUCGGCGGAGGUUCACUACCCCGAGCACUGGAACGAAACCAAGUACAGCCACAAUGUGACGUCAGAAUAUUCCGCCGCCGGCGUCGACUUCGACACUUAUUGCAAACCCACCCCCGACCGUGGUCCGUGCAAGGCUUACCUCCCGAGGUGGUGGUUCAACGUGAAGAGCGGUCAGUGCGAGAAGUUCAUCUACGGCGGCUGCCAUGGAAACAGGAACAACUACGAGACUAGGAAACAAUGCGAAACAAGCUGCCUCAGGCGACUCAGUGCCCUCGAUGUCUCUGCGGAGGUUCACUACCCCGAGCACUGGAACGAAACCAAGUACAGCCACAACGUGACGUCAGCAUAUUCCGCCGAUGAUUUCUACAACGGUAAGCUCAUCUCUAAACUGGUGGGACUGAACCCGGUGUGCAACGAGACCAAGUACCCCGGUCCCUGUGCUGGCUAUUUUCCUCGUUAUUUUUACAACAACGUGACCAAGACCUGCGAGAAGUUCAUCUACGGAGGAUGCAAGGCCAACGGCAACAACUUCGUGACUCUCGAAGAGUGCCAGAACACCUGCUGGGCGUCCCUGGACCAGAAUGCUGUGGAGGAGGUUGGUGCCUUCGAACUUCCGUAUCAUCCAUGUAAGUAG